GGGCAACGGCUCGAAUUUGAUAGAAUUGAUUUGGAUCCAACAGUAAGACAUACAUGGUGGUCUCUUACUCUUGGUGGUUUAUGUUUAUUUUUAUCAUUUUACGGAGUGAGCCAAAUACAAGUACAACGUACACUGACUGUGAAAAAUAUGCAAGCUUCGCGAAGAACUAUAUGGUUGUCGUGGCCCAUUCUGACACUUCUCUUUAUCACAACUUCCUUCUCAGGAUUAGCGAUAUACAGCAAAUACCACAAAUGCGAUCCAUUUCUUCAGAAAAGGAUUACUUCGCCUGAUAUGCUUAUGCCAUUGUAUGUUAUGGACACAAUGUCCACUAUACCUGGCUUACCAGGCCUCUUUGUCGCGGGUAUUUUUAGCGCAGGCCUUAGCACGAUUUCUGCGGCACUAAAUUCUUUGGCUGCAAUAACGUUGGAGGAUUAUAUAAAACCCUUAUAUAGAAAAUCCAUCGGACAUGAUUUCUCCGUUACAAAGUCAGUCUCCAUCGCUAAAAUGCUCGCUUUUAUGUUCGGUAUCAUUUCUAUCGCGCUGGCAUUUUUAGCGCAAUUUUGGGGCGGAAUAUUUCAGGCUAGCACAAUUAUUGUCGGAGUAGUCGGUGGUCCGUUGUUAGGCAUUUUCACGCUUGGCAUGGGCACGGAAUCGGCGACGGAAGGUGGUACAAUGGCCGGUGCUCUUACAGCGUUUUCAUUUUUAUUUUGGAUCGUUUUAGGUCAGCCACGGCCAAAAUCACCUAAAUUACCAAUUACUAUUGAAGGCUGUAAUAAUAAUGUUGCAAAUAUAACGAUGUCCGUUUUGCAAAACAUCACGAACUUCUCCAAAAGCACCGGUGACAGCUCGUAUUUCUAUUUAUAUCGCAUUUCAUACUUGUGGUAUUCGGUCCUUGGAUUUUUAAUAACGUUCAUAUUUGGGUUGAUCAUCAGCAGUUUAUCUCAUUUAUUUAUUAAGAAUCAAAACAAAAAGUUAGACAUUAAUUUGUUCUUUCCCGUUAUAGCGCGACGUAUACAUUAUAGACGACGUAGUGACGUAGAGAGUGAAGAACAUUCUCCAUUAAACAGAAUGUAUACGCUUAAGUCUUUCAACGACGUAAUCCCUCAAAAAGAUGGUCGUCGAUAAAAUCUGUGCAAAACUUAAAUAAAUAAAUAUCAUAUUGUUUGUCAUCAAAUAAACAAUAAAUUCGUGUCGCUUUAUAAUGAUAUUGUAGAGAAUAAUUGUUUAACAUUCAGAAUUAUAUUUUGUUUGGCGCCAGAAGUGUGCCGUGUGCUAAUGUUAACCUAUGUCAUUAUACGAUUGAUACGCAUGCGUGGCGUAUUUUUUUUUUCAUUGUUCUUCCGUUUCGUCGUCGUUGUUAGAACACCGAGUCGCAUUGUCGCCAUCAACAGUUCUCUAAUAAUAAAUACUGUUUUUUGAUAUCUGCUGUGCACAGUGAGUCAUUAAACCUCUGCCGAUCGAUAAUAUAAAAGUAAUACACAACAGGUAUCUUAAAAUAGCUGCACAGUUAUUCUGCUGAUAUAAGUUAUCAUUAAUUGAAUUGUUGUACGUUGAAUAAUUUUCACAUCUAUUAAUCUGUUAAUUAUUAUGAAUAAUGUGUUAGCUAUAAAUAAAUAACUGAGAAAACAACGACAGAAUUAUGGCACAUGAAAUAACGAUGAAAAUAAAACUAAUAUAGUAAUAAGUAUAAUAAAACUAAAUUUAAUAUAGGUAUGUAAACAAAACAUGCAAAUACGAUAUAUACACUUAAGUAACUUUAUUUUAUGCAAUAUAUACACAAAAGUGCGCACGUGUGCAUAUUAUAAUUAUUAUUAACAUCUCUGUUCAAAAAAAAUAUGUGAAUAUAAUCCGCAUGUAAUAACCACGA